UUGUGUCCACAUACGGAUGGCGGAAAUCGAGCGGAAAUUGACCCCCACGUCGCCGCACGGCAGAACAUCGAAUAGCCUCGGAACGUCUCAGAAUCUCCCAACCCCGUAUCCAUGGCAUUUUUCGUAUCCAUGACUGCCGACUGCGGACCGACCGCGGAGGAACAUGUCAGACACAUGCCAGGCCCCUCCGGUACCGGCACGGGAGGAUAUCAGGCACGGAAAGAUGCCGACAGUAAGCCCGGCAAGCAGCGCACUAACAGCACACGCCACAAACAAAUGCGUGACACGAAACGGUUAAGAAAACCAUGGCGCCGCCAGCAGUUGACAGAGGCGCACCCUCGCUUGACCCUGAGCGGGCGCCCUGCAGAGCAAACUGCCUCGACAUCCUACUGCUGCCGUGACGAGUCCUUGUGCACUCGUCGUGGUGGCGGCUGAUUCUUUCGUGUGUGUGAGUGUUGUUUGCUCUAUGCGCGUCUUAUUGUUCUGUGUGCGCGACCCCUUAGUUCGACCCGUUGGUUUUGUUGUCCGUUGUGUGUCACGCAUUUGUUUGUGGCGUGUGCUGUUAGUGCGCUGCUUGCCGGGCUUACUGUCGGCAUCUUCCCGUGCCUGAUAUCCUCCCGUGCCGGUACCGGAGGGGCCUGGCAUGUGUCUGACAUGUUCCUCCGCGGUCGGUCCGCAGUCGGCAGUCAUGGAUACGAAAGAUGCCAUGGAUACGGGGUUGGGAGGUUCUGAGACGUUCCGAGGCUAUUCGAUGUUCUGCCGUGCGGUGACGUGGAGGUCAAUUUCCGCUCGAUUUCCGCCAUCCGUAUGUGGACACAAGUGGGUACAAUUUGGACAAACGUGGGUCAAAAUAUAGACACAAGUGGGUUCAUGAAAAAAUUAGUUGACGCCGGUGGGUGUACACACUGCGAUGUCGGACAGAAGUGGGCACU